GGAGCUCACUUGUCCUGCUCUCGCUGUAGCAUCCACUUCACCGUCACUCCACCCGUAAACAUGUCCGUUCAGCUCUGCUUGGUUCUGCUGGCUCUCUCCGCGCUGACUGCUGAAUCUCAUCACGACUGCAGCGAUAUCAUCAAACCUGUGGAGGAUCGAAGCAAGGUCUACGGAAAAUGGAUAUACCAUGUCGGAGCAACGGACAGUGAAUACAAACUGAAAGAACUGACAAAGGUCAACAGCUCCUGCAUCGAAAUCUCACCUUUACCUGGCGGGGAAGAGUUCAGCCUGCACUACGGAGACAAAAUGGAUGGGAAGUGUGUUUACGGGACUGUCAACUCCACCACUACAGGAAACUCCACUAAACUGACGUUUUCCUCUAACUCCAGCACUCAUGAGGUCACUGGGAGCGCCCUGGUCACGUGCCCCGACUGUCUCCUGUGGAGUGACGACGCGGUGACAGAGGUGAACGGGGAAAGCAAAAGAAGCAAAAGCUUACUCCUCUUCACAAAGACGGGGAAGCUGGACGCUUCUCAUCUAGAUGUCUUCAAGAAGCAGGCUGAGUGUCUCCACCUGUUGUCCGAUUUCCACUUUCCGGAAACUACAAACCUGUGUCCCGAGGAGAAAGAGGCGGCCGGAGACGCAAAGACCGAAGAACAAUAGAAACCUGCAAAGAGCAUCCCGAGACCUGAAGUAACUCUGUAAUUCUGAGUCAAAUCCGGAUUCACAUGCGCUUUCUUAGAUCAAAAGAAAACUACCAGCACCACUUGAUUCACCUGCGUGUGAAACAAUGACGUAAAAACAUAGACUGUCGCAAACGUUUAGAUGCUUUUUUUGCUGUAUGAAAGAGAAAUCACUAGAGAUUUCACAUUUUCUGUCAGACUCAUUAAAUCAUGAUGAAAAAAGGUC